GUCAGUUGUAGUAGCGUAGCACUGAGUACUAUGUAAUUAGUAAUUACUAAUUUGUUGAUGGACUGUGUUGAUUUGUGAUGUUAUUUUAUUCUGUGCUAACUGCUAACUAUUAUAUUAUUCAUUAUCCGAAAAAAUAAUUGUAUUGGAAAUAUCCAUCAAGGAUAAAACAAACUGUUUAAUUGCAAGAAAAGAAAUGGACAAACUAAAACAUCCAUCUUUUAAACCAUUAGAAGUUAUUUGGAACAGAAAUACCAGUACUCAUAAACCAAAAUUAUUACCUGAAUUAAAAGGAAUUAAUAUUGAAGAUAGUGUUGAAAAAGUUAAAAAAUCGGCUAAAUCUUCGGAUGUCAAAACCAAUGAAAAUAAAACAGAACAUGUUCACAAACGUGUAAAAAGAAGUUUAUUCCAAGAAGAUAAAAUAGGAAAAGUAUAUAAACAUUCAGACCCAGAAGAACUAAAUAAGAAACUUUGUAAAACUUUUGAUUAUGCAAAUUGCCUACGAAAAAGACCCUACAGCAUGUACAAAGCAUCUCAAUUAAAAUGUCCUACCAAGUCCCCCCAAAUUGUAUCAAACCGAAAAAAUACAAUAAGAAAUCAAGAUGCUUCAUUGCAUAAAUCAAAACAAUGUUUAUUUCCAACAAAAAUUGCCAAAACUGAAAUUUCGUCUUCACAUACGGUUAAUGAUUCAUCGGCCAUCAAACCAUCGUGUACUAGAGAUCAACUGAAUUCACGCACUAAAGUUUUCGGUUGUUCUAAAUCUCCCGAGAUUAUGUCGAAUCGAAAACGGUACGUUAUGUCCAACAAUUUGGACGAGACUGAUGUUUCUAGUUACGAAAGGUUGAACAUGAACUAUAAGACGUGUAUAAACAUACCAAUUGACCAAGUACCAGAAAAUAUAAAUGAAAAAUAUAAAAAUGUAAAUACGCACAUAAAUAAAAUAGAAUCAAAAUUAAACUAUGUACAUUCUGAAGAUAUUAUUGAAUCUUCCAAAAAAAUUGCCUUGCCCGUUAUGAAAAAAAAAAAAAUAAAAAAAAAUAAUCGGGUUCUUAACAAAAAAAAUAAGAUCAAAAACUUUGACAGUGGUAAAGUACCAGAUUGUAAGGAAUUUACCAAUGAAAAAAAUGAAAUAAAUUUACGAACAAAUGAAAUUCGGAAAAGUACAGAAAUAUCAACAACCGUCAAAAAUGCAUUUUGCGAUGAAAUUAAUUUAGAUUCUAUGGAUAUUAUCAAUACAGAAAAUAUUUUGGAGUAUCCUAUAACUGAAUUAAAAACUGAAAGUUACUGCAGGGAACCUAAAAAAUCAAUAAUUAUAUUACAAGAACAUCAAAGUCAAGGACCAGCAAAAAAAUUGUGUAUAAUUAAUGAUGAUAAUCAAAGAUAUUCAGACACUUCUUUAAUACAUUCAUCUUUGAAUACAAAAGAAUUUGCCAAAAAUACAGUUAAAGAAUAUUCAAAAAUCUUUAAACAUCAUAAAGAAGAGCUUUUCAAUCAGAAUGAAGAUAAUAUUAUGUCAUUUAUGCAUUCAUCCGAAAUAAGUGUAAUCCCUGCCACUCCUGAACAUGAAGCCAUGAAUGUGGACAAUUCCAUAGUCCAGUAUUCUCCUAAAACCAUUUUAAGUCCGUACGUUCCAUUGAUUGAAGUCGAUCAAUCGCCUAAAACUCCACAUGGAAGAAAUAGUCAAGUACUCAUUCAAUCCAUUCAAACUCCACCAAAUGUUGAUGGAACAACAUUACCAGGUUUAUUUGAACCUAUAGCUUCUCCAACACAGUCUUUUGUCAAUUAUGAAAUGCCAUUUAAAAUUGACUCGGUAGAAUCACCUAGAGCUAUUCAUGAAAAUAAUGAUAUUAUCUUUUCGCCCAAAAUAAAUAGGAAAAAAUCAGACAAUAGCCCAUUGUCACCUAAUCAUUUCGACUCAGCUAAAAAACGUAAAAAAAUGAGUAAGGAUGGAUUGAGAGGAAAAUUUCAAGAACUUAUUAACCGUAAAAAAUCUGAAGCUCGUAUUCGAGAAUAUGAGAAAAGCUUGUCUAAAAGUUAUAAGCCAAAACAAGGUGAAACUGCUGUAUUAAAGGUCAUUGAAGCAUGGAAGGAAUUUAGAAUGAUUGUUCUACUUUGUUACUAUAUGAAAUCUGAUAAAGAAGUUCAAAGAGUUUUAGUAACUCUAGACAAUUGUCCUUUAAAUGCUGCCAAGAAUAGUAUAAUACGUAUAUACUCUCCAUGGUUGACAAUUAAAUCUGACAUUACUGAAGUAUUAUUGUUUAUUGGAAUCAUUCACGCUGAAGUAAUUGAAUUCUCAGAAUCUAUCACUAGGCCUCUUGAGCUUGUAGAAGGAAAUACAGAUCACAAUGGAUUACAGGCAACUGUAUUUCAAAAUAAAGUUUUAUGGAAAUGCAAUUGUUCUAAAGAUGCUGUCUGUCAAUGCUUGGGAGAAUUAAGUGUUUACGAUUAUUUGCAGUACAUGAUUCCACAUUAAGAUAAUACAUAUAGGCUAAGGUUGCUUAAACUGUUUUUAUUUCUCAUAAUUAAUCUUACAAUUAAAUAAUAAUUAUUACUUAUAUAAUAUUUUUAUAAUAAUGUUAUUUGUAUUUAGAUUUUAAUUUGAUUAUUAUUGUUAUAUUUAUUAUAUUAAUUCAAUUAUGGAAUAUUUUAUAAGAAACUGUUCGUAUUUAGUUUUCUAGAUAAUUUAAUUGUAAUUUAUUUACUCAAUUAUUUUUUAUUUGUCCUCCAAUCUAUGUAUUUAUUUUUAUUGUGAAAAUAAUACAUUUUUUUAAUAAUAUUAUGUUGUUACAAGGAAUUUAUUAUACGCAACACCACACACACCUUGAGUAUAUUUUUAUCUAUCUAUUUAGCCGUGUUUAUAUUUAAUGCAUUAACUAUUAAUGGUGUAUUUAUUUUUUACUUUAUUAUUGAGAAACAUUAGAUUUUUUAAUUUAGUUCUACAAUUUAUGAACUAUUUCUAAUGCAAUUAUUUACUAAGUAAAAUCUGAUAAAAUAUACAUAUCUCAGAACAAUAUUGUAGGUGUUUGUGUAAGCAUAAGGUCAAAAUGAAUAAAUAAUAGCACAAUAUCCAAUAUCCAAUAUCAAUCAAAUAUGUUAAAUUUCACAAUAAGUUCUAGAUUCACAUGUUACAUUGAAUAAUAACCUUUUUUAUCAAAUAUAUUGGCUAUUUACCUAUCUGAAAUAAUUUUUGUAAUUUGUUUAA